UUUUAAUAUUUCUAAUAUCCUACAUUACACAUCGACAAACGUGGAUGUCAACUGCAGACCAAAAUUGAUUCGGUGCACCGAAUAAAAUCGCAUUUUAUCAAAUUAAUCGAGAUAUUCAUUCAACAAACCAAAUAUGCCAUCAGAAACAACAGAGGCUGUUGUGCAGCCAGAAGAACACAGGGAUGAUGUUGAUUCAUCAGGAUCAGAUACUGACAGCGAGGAUUCCACACAUGAAAUGGAUCAGGACACCCCUGUCUCCUCCGAACAGGCCGACUUACAUGCACAGUUUGAAUCAGGAGAGGAGCCAAGUAGUAAAGCAAGGCAGAGCAGAAGUGAAAAGAAAGCACGAAAAGCGAUAUCAAAACUUGGUCUUAAAGCUAUAACAGGUGUUCAGAGAGUCACGAUACGUAAAUCAAAAAAUAUUUUAUUUGUGAUCCAGAGGCCGGAAGUCUUCAAAAGCCCUGCAUCUGAUACGUACAUAGUAUUUGGAGAGGCAAAGAUUGAAGACUUGAGUCAGCAAGCCCAGAUGGCAGCUGCAGAACAAUUUAGAGCUCCAGAGAAGAUACCAUCUGCUUCGGAGAAGGCAGCAGCCAAUGAACCAGCUGUAGCAGAAGAAAGUGAUGGUGAAGAUGCAGAGGAAAUUGAUGCAAGCCAUGUGGAACCUAAAGACAUCGAAUUAGUCAUGCAACAAGCUAAUGUGUCAAAGAAAAAGGCAACAAAAGCAUUGCAAGAAAACAACAACGACAUAGUAAAUGCAAUAAUGUGUCUGACAAUGACUUAGCAGUGAUGGUAUGGUAAGAGGGGAAGCAGAGGACAAUGGAAUACACUAAUCAACAUCCACAAUACCUUGUGUUACAUCAUCAACAUUUUCAACACAAUCUCAUAGAGGAACAUAUUAAUGGGUAUAUAGAGAGCAAAUGGAUAAUAGGGAUUCUGUUGUGCAAAUUUCUUACUUGAUCACUUGAGGUUUAUUUUGGCCUGAGUUGGUCUUGCCAGAGAACUUUAUAUGUCCAAUGUGAUUGAGAUUUGCCAACGCUUUAUUCCAAUGGAACAGGUUAAACUUUAUCAAUAAAUGUUUUUGUAUUUAAACUUAUUCAAAAUAUUGAAAUUCAACUUCAAACUUUAUCAAUGAAAGUGAUAAGUCGGAUCAGAAUCUUGUGUUUCUUCAUUUUCUUGUCCUGAUUCAUCAUUCCUUUGAUAAGUUGGUCGCCAAUCAAUGCACACUUUAUCAUUUAUAGGUUGCACAAUUUUUAUGCAUUCAAUCAUAGUUUGACUUUGAGACUAAUA